CUCAGUUACGCUGACCGUUGCUGUCCGUUCGCAGCUGGAAACUUUUUCCAUUUUAUAUAAAUAAAAAUUAUUCUCUUUUUUCAACAAUUUCUUAAUUGGAAAGAGUUGUGCGCUUGAACUUCCCACCACAUACACAUAUUAACGACUCGUGCUGUUGCGCCGCCUAAUUGCCGUGUUUCCAAGUGAAUUUGCCGUGAAUUUCAAUUAAUCAACCGCGUCUGCGCGUCAUUUGUUGCAACGCGCCGUUGGAAAUACAAAUUGCACGCUUCACCACUUCGCUAUUUGCCAGCGUCUUGGCUGUGUAGCGGUGCGCCGCGUUUGAAAAUAUGUCACUGGCGAAUUGUGGCCAAUUGUAGGUGACGGCCGUGGCCGCGUGGAAUAUAUUCAAUUGAUUAGAAAUGUGAAAAGUGUGCCGAAACUUGUGAAAAAACACAAACAAAACAUAAACAAAGAGACGUUAGAAAUUAGCUUCGCUGUGUGCGUGUUUGUGUUAAAAGAAAUUACUUACUUUUAAAUAGAAUAAUCUGGUUUUAAACGUUGCUUCGUUAAUGCGUGUUACGUGUGCUGCAUGCGGAUAUCGGUGUAUAUCUCGAGACAGUAUAGCGCGAGAUUAAUUACUCAUACAAACGGUAGCUAGCUUGUAAGCAAAAACAAGAGCAGAGAAACGGGCGAGUAGCAGCAAAGAAGGAAAGCAUAAAACAAAGGUCCAACGAGGACGGAGGCACAGAUUCCGGCGUUGAAUUCCAGUGACAAAAGAAAGCUAUUGCUGCAAAGAACACCAAAAUGGGCGUUGUAAGCGGUGGUGCAGCGGCUUGCCUGCUGUUACUAUGCUAUCUGAGUAGUCAAACAAUGGCGCACAUACGCAUUGAGGCACCUGAAGUGCAUACCAUCGAGCCCACGUCGCACUCCACAGCCAGUUUUGUACGUUCGGCUGUUGAAAGCGUGCCCAUAGAGGAUCAGGCUAUACAGGCGCUCAGCAGAUUCAGCAUGCGCCCUUCCUUUGGGGAUGUCUUCUUGCCACUGCGCAGCGCCGUAGAAAGCGUACCAUCAGUGAAUUUACAUAAACUUAGUGAAUUAAGCGAUUCCUUCGGAGUGCGUUCAUUUAUACGUGACUCAGUUGAAUCCCUGCCAACAGAUGAGGAGGAAGAUGAAAAUGAGGAUUCGGAGCUGGUUUCGAAUGCGGAGUUUGUACGCAGCACCACCGCCACCGAGGCUGAGUCGCAGAAAUUGCUGGACACAAUCUCUGUGGAUGGGUACGGGGAUGUAGAAAACUUUGGCGCACCCGAUCCCUGGACGGUUUCGGACAAAUAUGCCGCCUUUGUAGCGCCAUCGCUGGAUAACAAGUAUUUGCCACAACCAUACCGAGCUGACUCACCCUAUCAGCAGAUAUUGAAACCCGUUGAGGGGGAGCACUUCGAUCAACAAGACGACGUGGAGUUGCUACGCGAGCAAUUCGGCUAUGGUGCGCUGACUCACAGUCAAAACGGUGAUAUUGGUGAAUAUUAUGGUGCGCCGACGCAUUUAAAAUCUGCGCCACCUGCACGCAAAAAUUACAACACCUCUCCAAAGGUUUUAUGUCACAUCACAAAUUGGGCUUUCUACCGCAAGGCGGAUGGCAAAUUUGUGCCGGAAAAUCUCGAUAGCAGCUUGUGCACUACCAUUAUUUAUUCCUUUGCCUCGCUGGACCCCGACCAUCUGACUAUCAAAGAAUUUGAUCCAUGGGUGGAUGUAGAGAAUCAGUAUUACAAUCGUGCCGUGCAAUCGGGUGUACCCGUUUUGAUCGCUUUGGGAGGUUGGACCGAUUCUGCCGGCGAUAAAUAUUCCCGACUUGCGAGCGAUGAGAUAAAACGUAAAGUUUUUGCCUCAAAUUUGGUCGGCUUUCUAAAACGCAAUGGUUUCUCCGGUUUGCAUUUGGAUUGGAACUAUCCGAAAUGUUGGCAAAGCGAUUGUUCGAAAGGUCCGGCAAGUGAUAAACCCAAUUUCACCAAAUUGAUUCGAGAAAUACGUAAUGAGUUCGAUCGUGUCGACAAGAAGCUACAACUCGGCGUUGCUCUAUCUGGUUACAAGGAAAUUAUCACUGAGGCUUACGAACUAGCUGAAUUAUCGAAGUUGGUUGAUUUUAUGACCGUAAUGACUUACGACUAUCAUGGCGCUUGGGAAGGACGCACGGGUCAUGUUAGUCCACUCUAUGGACGCAAAGGCGAUCGUUAUCCGCAAUAUAACACAGAUUACGCCAUGCAACUGUUGAUUAAAUCUGGCGCCAAGCGAGAAAAACUUAUAAUGGGUAUUCCAUUUUAUGGACAGUCAUUUACACUUGAUCGAGCCAGCACCACUUUAGUAGGCGAAGGCGUAGCCACCUCAGCACCCGGUGAACCCGGUGAGUUCACCAAACAGCCAGGCAUGUUGGCCUACUACGAGAUCUGUCAUCGCAUACGCAAAGACAAAUGGCUAGAGGGACGUGACGGCGAGCGCAAAUCGGGGCCCUUCGCAAUGUUACGAAACCAAUGGGUCGGCUACGAAGAUCCUGCUUCUGUGGAGGCAAAGGCACGUUAUGCAGCAAAUAACGACUUUGGUGGCGUUGCUGCAUGGACUGUCGAUUUGGAUGAUUUCCAAAACCGUUGCUGUAGUGAAGCGUUCCCACUGCUCAAAGCAAUCAACCGCGCAUUAGGAUUACUCAACACAGAACCACCACAUCGUGGAAAUUGUAAGCGGCCAGUGGCGCCUGUUACACCUAUACCGCCUGUAAUGACCACGGUAAGUAGUGACGGCUCGGUGAGUAGCACGAGUUCUCAACAACAUGACCACACGACACCGACAACAUGGUGGCCAACAAGCAGUCCUACAUCAACCACACCCUGGUGGACGCCAACGAGUACAUCCACUACACCAAGAACGACCACGACCAGAAGAACCACUACAACUACUAUAACAACAACAACUACGAGACGUCCAACAACCACACGUCGUCCCAAUCGCCCUGAACAUACAACAAUUCCUUCUCCAGCCGUCGUGCGCCCCGUUGUGCAAGCAUCCAACUGUCAGCCUGGUAAAUUCUACGCAGAUCGCUAUAACUGUAAUGCUUAUUAUCAGUGCAUCGCUGUUGGUGAACUACAUCAGCAAUUUUGCCCAGGUGGUUUGCACUGGAAUAAUCAGAGCAAAAAUUGUGAUUGGCCCGAGGCUGCGCAAUGUUCUGUGAAAAACAAACCCGUUGCAACUUCUAACUCAGUUACCACACGUCCCACAAAGUCACCGGGCACAACUGUUCGUCCACCCACAAGUCGUUCUACCAUCAAUCCUACCUCUACUAGCGUAAGCAAGAAAACUACUCGCCAUCCCAUUACUAAUACCUCAACUACCAUUGCCCACACUACUUCUUUGCCUACAACCUCAGGCAAACCAUCGAAGAAACCUACAUCUAAACCAUCCCGUAAGCCAUCACGCAAACCAACUCGUAAACCUCAACGACCCGUUAAACCACAACGUCCAAGCGCCAAAUGUAACGAGGGUGAAUACUACACCCAUAAGAAAUGCGACCAGUACUAUAUUUGUGUAAAUGGUGCUUUGGUGCCGAACUCUUGCGGUGGCGAUCUACACUGGGAUGGUAUACGACAGAUUUGCGAUUGGCCCGAAAAUGUACAGUGCGUUACUACCAGACAGUACUUACGUAGAGUUAAGACACAAGCACUACGUUCAGGCAAUCUACUGGCACUGCGUAACUCUAACCCCAACGAUCCUUGUAACGGUGAGGAACGUGUAGCCUACCCGGGCGACUGUUCCAAAUUUCUCUUCUGUUUGUGGAACCGCUUACAGGGUGGUGAUUGUGGACCAGGCCUUCACUUUAACGAGGCAUUAACCACCUGUGACUGGCCUUUGUCAGCCAAGUGUACGCAGGACGAGAGUGGUUACGAUGUAAGUGAAGGUGGGAGUUCCGAGCAUGGCGAAAAUGAAAUUGCGCAAGGAGGCCCAGCUGUAGUAAAACCAAAACCAACUAAACGCCCCGCACCAACCAUAACAACAACCACAACGCGUGCACCUCGUCCUACAUAUCCAACAGAUAAGCCAGAACUGGCACCGCUCGAUGGAUACUACAAGGUGGUUUGCUAUUUCACUAACUGGGCUUGGUAUCGCAAGAGUGCGGGACGAUAUACCCCAGAUGACAUCAAUACCGACUUGUGUACGCACAUUGUUUAUGGGUUCGCUGUGCUGGAUUACUCCAACUUAGUGCUACGCACACACGACUCUUGGGCCGAUAUCGACAAUAACUUCUAUACACGUGUCAGUGGUUUGCGCAGUAAGGGUGUUAAGGUGAGUCUUGCCUUGGGUGGGUGGAAUGAUUCGCAAGGUGACAAAUACAGUAGACUCGUUCGCAACCCCGCUGCCAGGGCACGUUUCGUCAAGCAUGCCGUUGAGUUUCUGGAAAAGUACGGUUUUGAAGGUCUCGAUCUGGAUUGGGAAUAUCCUGUGUGCUGGCAGACGGAUUGCAGUAAGGGCGUGCCUGAUGAAAAGGAAGCAUUUACAGCGUUGGUGCGAGAGCUUUCGGAGGAGUUCAAGCCACGUGGCUUACUUCUCUCAACCGCUGUCUCACCUAGUAAAAAAAUUAUCGAUGCCGGCUACGAUGUUCCGCAAUUAUCUACAUACUUUGACUGGAUUGCUGUAAUGACCUAUGACUUCCAUGGUCAAUGGGAUAAAAAGACUGGACAUGUUGCGCCACUGUUCUACCAUCCCGAAGAUGAAAUCGACUACUUCAACGCCAAUUUCUCCCUGAACUACUGGAUUGAAAAGGGCGCUCCCUCACGCAAAAUUGUUAUGGGUAUGCCACUAUAUGGUCAGUCUUUCACGCUGGAAAAUGCAAACUUCAAUGGUCUCAAUGCUAAGGCUCCUGGUCCUGGAAAAGCGGGAGAAUUUACGCGUGCGGCAGGCUUCUUGGCCUACUACGAGAUUUGCGAUCGCAUUAAGAAUGAUGGAUGGGAAGUAGUACAGGAUGAACAGGGACGUAUGGGACCUUAUGCACGUAAAGGCACACAGUGGGUGUCAUUCGAUGAUCCCGCAAUGAUUCGCAAAAAGUCUCAAUUGGUACGAGCUUUGAAUUUGGGAGGUGGUAUGGUAUGGGCCUUGGACUUGGACGAUUUUCGUAAUCGUUGUGGAGAUGGUGUACAUCCUCUACUCACACAAAUACACGAUGUAUUAAAGGACCCACCAAAAGAUUAUGAAGAAUUGCCUGGCCUUAGUGCAAAUGAACCAAUUGCGCCCACUGUAGAAACGGAAUCGGGUGAAGAUGUAAAUAGCAUUGAAAGUUCCGUCAUACCGGAAGAUAUAGAGACCGGCUUUGCCGAAGAAAACGUUAUCGAUCCCAAUGGUGAUGUGGAAGAAGUGGAGUCUAUCGAAGAAACGGGUACUGGCACCAUAAUUGGCACAGCUGUAGAAUCGGGUGAGGGCACGAACACCGGCACAGGCACCGAGAACGAAGCUUCGCCUUCCGAAUUCAAAGUUGUCUGCUAUUUCACUAAUUGGGCUUGGUAUCGUCAGAAUGGUGGCAAAUUCUUGCCCGAAGACAUUGACCCCGAUCUUUGCACACACAUUGUCUAUGGAUUCGCCGUGCUCAAUCGCGAAACGCUUACCAUACAGCCACAUGACUCUUGGGCUGAUUUGGACAAUAAGUUCUAUGAACGAGUUGUGGCCUUCCGUAAAAAGGGUGUAAAGGUGACUGUAGCCAUUGGUGGCUGGAAUGACUCAGCCGGUGAUAAGUAUGCACGUUUAGUACGCAAUGCCGCGGCAAGAGCACGUUUCAUAAACCAUGUUGUAGAAUUCAUACAGAAGUAUAACUUCGAUGGUCUUGAUCUGGAUUGGGAAUACCCAGUUUGUUGGCAAGUGGACUGCAAGAAGGGUACACCUGAUGAAAAGGAUGCAUUUACUGCUUUGGUGCGUGAGCUAUCACAGGCCUUCAAACCAAAGGGACUACUCUUAUCAUCUGCAGUCUCACCGAAUAAGAAAGUCAUUGAUGCUGGUUAUGAUGUGGCAACACUCUCACAUUACUUUGACUGGAUCGCCGUUAUGACAUAUGAUUUCCACGGGCAAUGGGAUAAAAAGACUGGACACGUAGCACCCAUGUAUGACCAUCCCGCAGGCACAGAAACGUUUAAUGCCAAUUUCUCUAUAAACUAUUGGUUGCAAAAUGGCGCAGACCGACAGAAGAUCAUAAUGGGUAUGCCAAUGUAUGGGCAAUCGUUCUCAUUGGCACAAGCAUCGGAUCAUGAUUUGAAUGCGCCAACUUAUGGCGGUGGAGAAGCGGGUGAAGCGACACGCGCACGUGGUUUCCUUGCCUACUAUGAGAUCUGCUCGUAUGUACGCAAGCGUGGAUGGAAUGUGGUUCGCGAUCCACGUGGACGCAUGGGACCGUAUGCUUUUCAACGCGAUCAGUGGGUUUCUUUCGAUGACAUUUCAAUGAUCAGACAUAAGAGUGAAUAUGUUCGUGCAAUGGGCUUAGGUGGCGCUAUGAUUUGGGCUCUCGACUUGGAUGACUUCAAAAAUGUGUGCGAUUGCGAAUCUUAUCCACUGCUUAAAACUAUUAACCGUGUGUUGCGAAAUUAUCCAGGUGUGACACCAAAGUGUGUACUAGAACAGAAGCAGCAUGCCAUGAUUGCUUCUGAUAGCGGUCCGUCGCAAGCGUAUACCGCCAAACCAAAACCGGGUGCACAAAAACCAUAUCCUACAUACUCCAGUGAAUACUUCGAAACUUCUCAACAAAUACAAAAUUCUCCGUUAGAAGAUUUCGGGCCAGAGGAAGUGAAGCCCUGUAAUGGUCGAAGCUUCGUGGCACACGAACGCGACUGCAACAAGUACUAUAUUUGCCAAUUUGAAAAAUUAAUCGAACAAAGCUGUCCGGCUGGCCUUUAUUGGAAUGAAUUUUACUGUGAUUGGCCACAAAAUGCCAAAUGUUCUAUGCGUCAAGAGGCAACAACAAAACGGCCAGUACCACAGCGUCCUAACCCCACAAGCAUUACAACAAGUCGUCCCAAACCAACAGCAGUACCCACGUCUUCGCGUCCUACGAAACCGACCAAAAAACCCUCACAGACACCCAGCAAAAAGCCAACUUCACGGCCAAAACCACCCACUUUGCCACCAAUAACUGGCUCCGGUGAUUAUAAGGUUGUCUGCUACUUUACUAAUUGGGCUUGGUAUCGCCCGGGUGAGGGUAAAUAUGUGCCCGAAGAUAUUGAUGAAAACCUCUGCACUCAUAUAGUUUACGGUUUCGCUGUACUAAACAGUAACUCACUGACCAUACGCACACACGAUUCGUGGGCUGACAUCGAUAAUCAUUUUUAUGAACGCGUAGUUGCCUACAAGAAUAAGGGUAUACGGGUGACACUCGCCAUUGGCGGUUGGAAUGAUUCAUUGGGUAGCAAAUAUGCACGUUUGGUUUUAGAUCCAGAGGCACGCGCACGUUUCAUUGAGAGCAUACUUGCUUUUAUCGACAAAUAUGGUUUUGAGGGUCUCGAUUUGGACUGGGAGUACCCAGUAUGCUGGCAAGUUGAUUGCAAAAAGGGUUCAGCAGCCGAGAAAGAAGGUUUUGCUGCAUUAGUGCGUGAACUAUCCGAGGCUUUCAAGCCACGUGGUCUUCUGUUAUCUGCUGCCGUUUCGCCCAGUAAAGUGGUUAUCGAUGCUGGCUAUGAUGUACCUCAGUUAGCGCGUUACUUCGAUUGGAUUGCUGUCAUGACAUAUGACUUCCACGGACACUGGGAUAAGCAAACAGGUCAUGUAGCGCCACUGUACUACGUCGAGGGCGAUACGAAUGAAUAUUUCAACGGCAACUUCAGUAUUAACUAUUGGUUGCAAAAUGGUACACCACGUGAGAAACUUGUUAUGGGCAUGCCAUUAUAUGGUCAAGCGUUUACGCUGGCGGACGUUAAGCAACGCGGUCUCAAUGCUAAGUCAACAGGUCCUGGACAAGCUGGCGCAUUUACACGUGCAGCAGGUUUCCUGGCCUAUUAUGAGAUAUGUGAGAAAAUCAAUGGUGGUGGUUGGUCAGUAGAACGUGAUGCUCAAGGACGUAUCGGUCCAUAUGCAUACAACGGCAAUCAAUGGGUUUCAUAUGACGAUGUGUCGGACAUACGUCGUAAAGCGCAGUUUGUUAAAAGUUUAGGACUCGGCGGUGGUAUGGUUUGGGCUUUGGAUUUGGAUGAUUUCCGUGGACGCUGCGGUUGCGGCAAACAUCCACUUUUGCGCACGCUCACACAAGAACUGCGUGGCAUACCGGGUCAAAGAGCGCAUGACUGCACGUAAUGGUGAAGGGUGAGAGGCCGUGCCUACAGUUUUAGUUAUAAACAGUCGUAUACAAUAUACUCAUACUCUCGUGCCAAUAUUCUAUAGUUAAAGCAAUAUUAAUGUAUUAUCGAUUUAUUGGAAAUCUGUUUUCAAGAUCUCUAAACUUAAAUCGAAUAUGCCUACAGCGAUAUGAUUUCUAAAAUACAAAUAAAUUAGUUUUAAUUUUUGUACUUAUAGGUUUAGAUACGAUAUUAAAGAAAUGAAAAACUUUUAUAUAAAAACACUUUUAUAAGAUACUCAAUAAAUUCAUUAAUAAAAAUUACGGUAAUAAUUUAACCUAAA